AUGACAGCUAGGGCCUUAGCUUCACGAAGCUUCGCAGGCUGCCGGAGUCUAGGCUGUUUCCAAAAUCACUACACUGGGACCCACAAGAAAGCGCAAGUGAAUCUGAAGAAUCAGAUUCAAGAUCCGAAUCAAGCGGAAUUGAUGAAUGGGUGUAAGAUUCGCAGAAGUUUCCCUUCAAUGCUAAUCAAAAUGCACUCACACGCUGUCACACAUGGCACAUCACAUAUACCUGGGGAUUCAGGUCAACACCCACCAUCACACCCCAAUACCUCACACGCUACCACAAUGAGCUCAGAAUCGUCCACUGUGUCUUAUGUUCCCACCCCGUACGUUCCUCCUGGCCACUGGCCUCACAUCACUGGAAUCUUCCAUAACCACGACCACACAAUCCUUAACCCUGACUUCUUCUCUGAGGUCCCUAUCGAGUACCUUGUGCUUGCGCGGCUUGGGUAUGAGACGUGCGACAUGCGUCUGUAUCCCCACACCUCAGUCCUCAUUCUCGACAUUGUGCGCGUCAAAUUUGCCUCAUCAGUCCUCCGGCCAUAUGGAUGGGUCGUCAUGGACAUCUAUGGUCCAGUCCACCUCACGCGGCCGAUACACUCUGCAUGGCGCGAUGUGCUGGCCUUCCAAGGCUGGUGUCUUGACCUCGCCUAUCAGGCGGACACCAACAACCGUGCCAACUUCAACCCCUGUAUCAUAUACCUUCCCCGCUCCUGCUUCAUGGAGCCGGUUGUUCCACAACCUGCGCGUACCUGGAUGUACGUCUGGGAAUCAGUCAUCAGUUGCUUCAAGUCCAUGAGCUGUCAUGAUGAAGAUACUGUCUUUGACUCAGAGGUUGAGAUGGGCAGCAUGGGGGAGAGUGGUGAGAUGGGUAUCUGA